AUGUUCCAGCUGCCCAUCCUCAAUUUCAGCCCGCAGCAGGUGGCCGGGGUAUGCGAGACCCUGGAGGAGAGCGGGGACAUCGAGCGCCUGGGGCGCUUCCUCUGGUCCCUGCCCGUGGCCCCCGCGGCCUGCGAGGCGCUCAACAAGAACGAGUCGGUGCUGAGAGCACGGGCCAUCGUGGCCUUCCACACGGGGAACUACCGGGAGCUCUACCACAUCCUGGAGAACCACAAGUUCACCAAGGAGUCCCACGCCAAACUGCAAGCCCUCUGGCUGGAAGCGCACUACCAGGAGGCGGAGAAGCUGCGGGGCCGACCCCUGGGGCCGGUGGACAAGUACCGGGUGAGGAAGAAGUUCCCGCUGCCGCGCACCAUCUGGGACGGCGAGCAGAAGACACAUUGCUUCAAGGAGCGGACGAGGCAUUUGCUGCGGGAGUGGUACCUGCAGGACCCUUACCCCAACCCCAGCAAAAAGCGGGAACUGGCUCAGGCCACGGGACUUACCCCCACGCAAGUGGGCAACUGGUUCAAAAACCGCCGGCAAAGGGACAGGGCAGCAGCCGCUAAGAACAGGCUACAGCAGCAGGUGCUAACGCAGGGCUCGGUGCGCUCGCUGCCCGCGGAGGAGGAGAGCGGCGGGGAGGCGCCGGGGGCCGCCUCCAGCCCCGCAGCCAGCCUCUCCAGCAAAGCGGCCACCUCCGCCAUCUCCAUCACAUCCAGCGACAGUGAAUGUGACAUCUGA